ACUCGAUAAUAUUCUCGAAAAUGUUAUAUCACAUGCGUGUCAAGCAUAGCAUCUACUCCUUAUAAUUUCCUCUUCUUCCCCUCUCUGUAAAUCAUCUGCCAUUUCCAUCUGAGAAUCUCCAGUAUUAGUUAGGUCUCCACUCCCUCUUAAGCUCAUUUUUUAGUUAGAAUUUCUACUUGUUUUUCAUUAUAAAAGAAGUGAAAUUUUCUGGGCACAAUGGGUGAAGAAGUAAAACAGGAAGAAGCUAAACCAGAGCAAAAGAAAGAAGAGAAAAUGGAGGAGAAGAAAGAAGAACCUAAGCCACCCUCCCCUUUAGUUUUGUUUGUGGAGUUGCAUUGUGUGGGUUGUGCAAGGAAGAUAGAGAGGUCCAUUCUUAAAAUUAGAGGAGUUGAGGGAGUUGUGGUUGACAUGGAGAAAAAUCAAGUAACCAUAAUGCGAGUUGUGGAUGCUCAAGCUGUAUGUGACAAAAUCAUCAAGAAAACAAAGAGAAGUGUUGAAGUUUUAUCUCCAUCGCCAGUAUCUGAGGACAAAAAUAUGCCAGAAAUUGUUGCCUUACAGACUAGCAAAAUAACUACAGUGGAAUUGAAUGUCAAGAUGCAUUGCUUAGCUUGUGCCCGGCAACUUAAGAGAAAGAUACUCAAAUUGAAAGGAGUGCAAACAGCUGAGACAGAAUUUAGCUCCGGGAAAGUUAAGGUUACAGGUACUAUGGACGCAAACGAGCUCGUUGAUUAUGUCUACAAAAGUACUAGAAAGCAAGCCAAAAUUGUACCAAAGCCUGAAGGGAAAAAGGAAGAAGAAAAGCCAGUUGAAGAAGCCAAACAGGACAUAAGAAAGGAAGAAAAAACUGAGGAAAACAAAAAUGAUCUCAUUGGAGAAGAAGAAAUGAAUUUUAGAGAUGAAGAGUCGAUGCAUAAACUCAUGCAUUAUUAUCAGCCCUUCUAUGUUGUUGAAACAAUUCCCUCUCCCCAGCUAUUUUCAGAUGAAAAUCCUAAUGCUUGUUGCAUUGCAUAAUUAUCAAUAAAAAUCAUAAAAUUUUGUUAA